AUGUCCUCAAAUAUAUCUUCAAAUCUGUCAACGUUAUUUACCAAAGAUACUAGCACCAUAAUGUCUUCGAAUACUAAUUCACCUGCAGAUAUGAAUAGCGUAACAGCAAAUUCAAGUCCGACAGAAGGUGUAAUGGAACAAUGUUUUGUGCUUGAACGUAAGGCGAGGUCGUACUUUACUUUAGCUGAAAUUAGCCAGAGCCAACAGAUACGAGGACUUUCGAAUUCUAAAGAGAACAAAUCACGUGCACAAUGGUGUAGUUUUAUUGUUGCUGUUGGGAAUAAAUUGGGAUUUCCACAAAAUACUAUUACUACCGCCCAAAUACUGUUUAAUCGAUUUUACUUAUUUCAUCCGGAGAAAGAUUUUUCUACGGCAAAUCAAAAAUCUGAUUUAAGUAUAACGUGCUUGUUUGUUGCAACAAAGAUUGAAGAAACCUAUAAAAAGCUUCGAGAUAUUUUGGUAGAAGCUUAUAAAGUUCGACAUCCUGAACUUACUGAUGUUAAUGGCGAAAAUCAGAUGUUUGAAGAACAAAGACGUCGAGUAAUUCAAAUUGAGCGUUUAGUCGUAGAGACGAUUUGUUUUGAUUUUCACAUUUGGCCACCUCACCAAUUGCUAAUGAAAUUUGUAAAGAAAUUAAAAGGUGAUAAAUUCCUAGCGGUUAAAGCGUAUAACAUUCUUAAUGAGUGUUAUAAAACAACACUUUGUCUAAGAUUUCCGCCAAAUGCUUUAGCCGCUGCAUCAAUACUUCUUGCAUCAAAAUUGUUGCAUAAAGAAAAUUUUCCUGAAAGUAAAGGAAGCAUACCAUGGUAUACCGUGUUUUUAUGUAACAUUGAGGAUAUCGAAGAAAUAUGUAAACUUCUCUUAGAUCAUUUCAUAUUAGAAGCUUCAUUGGAUAAAGACGACCCACUAAGUUCAGAAUAUAUGCGAUUAAGAUUUUCCAUAAAAUCAGUACCAAGUUCUCAUGAUCUAAUUACGGAAAAUCCUCAACCAUUAAUGCCAACUGUUGAAGGAGAACAAAAACACUAUACU